AUGUCUCCAAUGUCCUCCACCCCAGCCGGCUCUGGGAAAAUCUGGCUGAUAACCUCCGCAACAUCCCCACUGGGAUUCUCAAUUGCCCGACAAGCCCUUCGUAACGGCGAUAGCAUCGUUGCCGGUUGUUCAGUAGAGGAGUACGCUGCUUGGAAGGACUCCCAGAAUGGUAGCCAAAAUGCAACAGGUAACAACACAAAGGGGAGGCGAGGUUCGAAAGUUGAUGCUGCGGGGGAGGAGAUCAAGAGUUUGGAUGUUGGAUAUUUGAGUCGUUUGGGUGGGUCGGCGUGUUUGGUGGUUUCGCUGGCUACGAAAAACCUUACGUCCUGUCAGGCAGCUUUGGCUCAUGCGAUUUCGACGUUUGGUCGUGUGGAUAUCCUCCUUAGCUGUACUAGCCAUACAUACUACGGGUCCAUAGAAGAAACCAGCGAAUGGCAGGCCCGCGAACAAUUCGAAGUAUCCUACUUCGGAACCAUCAACAUCGUCAAAACCAUCGUCAAAGACAUGCGAGAAAGAGGUACAGGAGGCCAUAUAAUCUGCCUCACAAGUCUAGCCGCACAAACAGGAACACCGGGUUUAUCCCUCCUUACAGCGGCACACCACGCCGUCGAGGGUUUCACAGAGGCACUAGCUUUUGAAAUAGCACCAUUCAAUAUCAAACUAACUAACGUCGAACCUUCAAUCAUGACAUACUUACUUACAAACCCCGUUAAUUUACCACCGGAAAUUCCAGUCGAUGGACAAGAAGUAAAUAAAGAAGACAGGAUUAUCAGUGGAGACGAAUACGACGACGAUGAUGAUGACGAACACUUAACCCCGCGAACAGGAGCGGGGAAUGUCAGACGAUUGUUAGAAAAGGUUACACUCAAACCUGAUAGUGGUCUUAAUACCCCCAAAGACGUGGGGGAUCCCGUAUCCUCGGAUAUCGCUGCUCCGUUUGCCCGAGUACUACGGUACCCGAAUCUUACGCCGAAUGCACAAUUGACUUUGGUAGCCGAAACUACUAAAGUAAUCAUGGCCGUAGCGGGAAAGGAUAAUCCGCCUGGCCGGAUAAUUGUCGGCGGGGAAGACGGAGGGGAGGACGGCGAGGGUGGGGUACAGAGCGUUAAGGAGAGAAUGAAAGCCGUGAGUGAAGAGCUUGAGGAGUUUUUGGAGUGCGCUAUGAGUGUGGAUGUUCCGAAUGCUGUUGUUGAUGAGCAAGGAGAAGAUGGAAAUCCGCUAUUGCUUUGA